AUGUCAAUCUUCUACAGCUUCUUCGCCGACCACGACGAUGGGCCCGACGAUGAUGAUUUGGGAAGAGUGUACGGGACGGGCAACCCGCGCGACACCACCAUCCAGAUCAUCAUCUCCCUCGCCUUCGGCAUAGCGGCUUUCCUGGCCUUCUGCUUCCUGCGCACGAGAUGGCCCGGCUUGUAUGCGGCGAGGAAGAAGCACAAGAACGAGGCGACCACCUUGCCUGAGCUUCCCGACACCUUCUUCGGAUGGAUGGUGCCGCUAUGGAGGAUCACAGAGCAGCAGGUCUUGGCUUCGGCAGGUCUGGAUGCCUAUGUCUUCCUGUCCUUCUUCAAGAUGGCCAUCAAGUUCCUGGCUGUCACUCUGUUCUUCUCCCUGGUCGUCAUCAAGCCUGUGCAUGAUACCUAUCCGGACGAGAAGCUACCCAAUGGCACGGAUUAUCGAAGUAACCACACGCAUCACAAUCAGAGUGCCAUGUUCCAUCUGCGGAGGUCAAUCAAUCUGCUAGAGAACAAGCACAGCAAUCAUACCCGAAGCUCGUGGGAGGACCUCGAGACGGACUACCUGUGGAUGUACGUCGUCUUCGCCUACCUCUUCUCCGCCAUUGCCAUCUGGCUGGUCAUAUCCGAGACGAGGCGAAUCAUCGAGAUCAGACAAGAGUACCUGGGCACACAGACAACCGUCACUGAUCGGACGAUGAGGCUGUCCGGUAUCCCACCCGACUUGCAAGACGAGGAGAAGCUGGAGGACUUUAUUGAGUCCCUGGAUAUUGGUAAGGUGGAGAGCGUGACCCUAUGUCGGCAGUGGAAAGAGCUUGACCGUGCCAUGGACGAGCGUAUGAACACUUUACGAAGGCUGGAAGAAGCAUAUACAAUACACUUUGGUGUGCGCACGAUAGAGAGAAAUCUCGAAACACUACCAAUAGUCCAGCCGCCACCACCACCGGGGCCGACCAUCUCAUCAGUACCGGACGAAGACGACGAGGAGAGCGCGAACCUGCUCGGUGCGAACGGACAACCUCACAUCGCACCAUACGACCGUGUCCGACCUACGACGACCAUCCGCUUCGGACGCUUCAAACUCCACAGCAAGCGCGUAGACGCAAUAGACUACUACACCGAACAGCUCCGCCAGAUAGACGACCGCGUGCGCCGCCUCCGCGGAAAAGAGUUCGCCCCCACCGCCCUCGCCUUCGUAACAAUGGACUCGGUCGCAGCCUGCCAAAUGGCCAUCCAAGCCGUCCUGGACCCCUCCCCGCUCCAACUAAUCGCCAACCAAAGCCCUUCGCCCUCCGACCUAAUCUGGCCCAACACCUAUCUCUCCCGCCGCUCCCGCAUGAUCUGCCAAUGGUCCAUCACGAUCCUCAUCGUCUUCCUCACCAUCUUCUGGACCGCCAUCUUCGUCCCCAUCGCCGGACUUCUAGGCGUCGACACAAUCGGUCGCAUCUUCCCGCAAGUCGGCGAGUUCCUCAACGCGCACGAGAAUAUCCGCUCCCUCGUCAAUACUCAGCUCCCCACCCUCUUCGCCACGAUCUUGACGGUCAUCGUGCCGUAUCUGUACUACUACCUCUCCUGGUACCAAGGCAUGAUCGCCCAAGGCGACAUCGAGCUCUCCGCCAUCUCCAAGAACUUCUUCUACACCUUCUUCAACUUCUUCGUCAUCUUCACCAUCCUGGGAACAGCGUCGAAUUUCUACAAGUUCUUCAAGCAGUUUGAUGAUUUGACCAGGGAUUUGAGGAAGAUUGCCUACACGCUUGCCGAGUCGCUGCAGAAAUUGCUGAAUUUCUAUGUCAAUUUCAUUAUCUUGCAAGGUGUCGGGCUCUUUCCGUUCCGUCUGCUGGAGAUUGGCAGUGUGAUUAUGUACCCCAUCUUCCUCAUGGGCGCCAAGACACCACGAGACUACGCCGAACUCGUCCAACCCCCAAUGUUCAGCUACGGCUUCUACCUCCCCACCUCCCUCCUCAUCUUCAUAAUCUGCACCGUCUACUCCGUCCUCCGCUCCUCCUGGAUGAUCCUCUUAGCGGGCCUCCUCUACUUCCUCCUCGGCCACUUCGUCUACAAGUACCAGCUCCUCUACGCCAUGGACCACCAGCAACAAUCCACCGGUCGGGCCUGGGGAAUGAUUUGCGACCGCAUCUUCGUCGGCCUCGUCUUCUUCCAGCUCACGACUGCGGGACAAUUAAUCCUCAAAAACGAAGUCGGGAGGAGUUUGGCCCUGGUUCCGCUGGUCGUGGCCACGAUUUGGAUUUCGGUCGUCUACGGACGGACGUACAAACCUUUGAUGAAGUUCAUCGCGUUGAGGAGUGUGGAGAGGGGACAACGAUACAGACAUAACAUCACCUCUUCCCCGCCCCUGCAGGAGACGGACGGGAGCACGGUGGGCAGUAAUAAUAAUGAGUUUGUGCUUGACCGCAACGUCUGGGCCGAUGCGGAUGGGGCGGCGGGGAGGUCGAGGAGGGAGGCGAGGAAGAGGUUUGGACCGGGUGCUGCGGCUGAUGAAGCCGAUGAGCAUGGGUUGAGAUAUGUGAAUCCGAGUUUGGUGGCGCCGUUGGAGGGGGUGUGGAUUAAGGAUCCGAGUCUUUUGCUGGAGCAAGAGGAGGGGGUGGAUGGGAAUGGAGAUGCAAAUGGGACGGCUGAGGAGAGUGUUUGA